ACUGCAGUAUUACUCCGCCCCUCGGCUCGCAGACUUGACGUGAUGACGCCGAGCUCUUCACACACGUCAUACGUAAGACUGGAGUGCUCGAGGGACCGGACCUGACACAGAAGCAGGAGCUCAGCUGAUGGUGAACUUUCCUGCUGCAGGAUGAGUCUGUUUCUGUUCCCGUUCCUCUUCUCGUUCCUGGUCGACGCUCAGCUGCUGUCUCUCUCACAAAUGUACGGAAGCCUGCAGUCGCCGAACUUCCCGGAGCCGUACCCCCGAGAGACGCAGCUGCGCUGGAACGUCAGCGUUCCCGACGGCUUCCACAUCAAACUCUACUUCAGCCACUUUGACCUGGAGCCGUCCUACCUGUGUGAGUACGACUACGUCAAGGUGGAGGCGGAGGGGGAGGUGCUGGCCUUGUUCUGUGGCAGGGAGGAGACGGACACGGAGGCGGUGCCGGCUCAGCAGCUCAUCACCUCCCCCAGAAACUCCCUCAGCGUCUUCUUCUCCUCCGACUUCUCCAACGAGGAGAGAUACUCUGGAUUCAUGGCUCACUACAGCGCUGUGGAUGUAGACGAGUGCAGUGACCGGAGUGAUGAAGACCUGCUCUGUGAUCAUUUCUGUCACAACUACAUCGGAGGAUACUACUGCUCCUGUCGCUAUGGUUACCUGCUGCACUCUGACAACCGCACCUGCAGAGUGGAGUGCAGUGACGGUGUGUUCAGGGAACGCUCCGGUGUUCUGAGCAGCGUUGAUUUUCCGUCUCCGUACCCGAAGAGCUCAGAGUGUUUGUACAGGAUCGAGGUGGAGCCGGGCUUCAGGCUCCGCCUCCGGUUUGACCCCCUCUUUGACGUGGAGGACCACCCCGACGUCCGCUGUCCCUACGACCACGUCAAGAUCGAAGCGGGCAGCAGCGAGUUCGGUCCGUUCUGCGGAAAUCGAUCUCCAGGAGAGAUUCAGACCGACAGCAACGUCGUCACCGUCUCCUUCCACAGCGACAACUCAGGAGAAAACCUCGGCUGGAGGAUCACAUACACAGCAACAGGAAGUCAGUGUCUGGUACCUGAAAUCCCGCCCAAUGCCCUGCUGAACCCCGUCCAAUCAGAAUACUCCUUCAAAGACCACAUCCUGUUCAGCUGUGCGCCUGGAUACAGGCUGCUGAAGGACGGAGAGUAUCUGGAUCAUUAUCAGAUGGACUGUCGGUCUGACGGGUCGUGGAGCAGCAGUCCUCCUCACUGUCAAAUGGUGGAUUGUGGGAGUCCGAAGGCGGUCGCCAUGGCUGACGUGGUGUUUGGUAGUCAUGACAACAGCACACUGUUCGGAUCGACGGUUCACUACGUCUGCAGAGAGGACGCCUUCCAACUGAACACCAGCAACAGUUCAUACAGCUGUGGGCCGAGCGGAGACUGGAUUAAUUCAGAAUCAGGAACCAGACUGCCGAGCUGUCUGCCAGCCUGCGGCCGGCCGGCCCGCUCUCUCCCCCCUCAGGUGAAGCGGAUCGUGGGCGGUCGCAGUGCCGAGCCCGGCCUGUUCCCGUGGCAGGUUCUGCUCAGUGUGGAGGAUCUGUCCCGGGUCCCCGAGGACCGCUGGUUCGGCUCCGGGGCCCUGCUGUCUGAGUCCUGGGUCCUCACAGCCGCCCACGUUCUGAGGUCUCAGAGGCGGGACACAAGCGUCGUCCCCGUGGCCCCUGAACACGUCAAGGUCUUCCUCGGUCUCCAUGACGCUGGAGACAAACGUUUGGCCACCAACUGUUCAGUGGAGGAAAUCUUCCUCCAUCCAGACUUCCAACCCAACAACUACAACAACGACGUCGCGCUGCUGAGACUGAGGGACCGGGUGGAGUUCAGUGAGCUCAUCCGCCCUGUCUGUCUCCCCCCGCCUCACCACAAGAAUGAGCCUCCCACUCCUCUUCCUAACUCUCUGGGUGUAGUUGCUGGUUGGGGAAUUUCCAACCUCAACACCUCCUCCCCUUCCUCCUCCGGCGACCCCCCCACGCUGACCUCUGACCCCGUGGCAACCGCUGACCUGGGGAUGACCUCUGACAUCCUGCAGUAUGUGAAGCUGCCGGUGGUUUCUCAGGACGAGUGUCAGGCGAGCUACACCUCGCGCUCCGUCAGCUACAACAUCACCGACAACAUGUUCUGCGCCGGCUUCUUCGAGGGGGGGCAGGACACCUGCCUGGGGGACAGCGGGGGGGCGUUUGUGAUGGAAGACGGGGUCAGCCGGAGGUGGGUGGUGUUUGGGUUGGUGUCCUGGGGCGGGCCGGAGGAGUGUGGGAGUCAGAGGGUGUACGGAGUCUACACCCGAGUGGCUAAAUAUGUGGAGUGGAUACAGAAGCAGCUUCAUGCUGCCCCCUGGUGGUGAGACGUCACACAGCAGAGACUGAGGCAGGAAGUACGAGACGUGUCCUCCGAUCACAUGACCUCUGAGCCGCAGCUGUUUUUCAUUUAGUCUUUUUCAUGUCCUCUUGACUUUCUGUGACCUUUUUCUUUCUGUCAGACAGCGAAAGCUCGAGCUGCUGUUCUGCAGGGCUUCAGGCGCAUGAAUCUGUGCACAGACAAUCAGUUCAGGGUCAGUGUCGAAGAAGAACUUCAGAUCUGUUUUAUCAAAGCAGCGCUACAGAUUUAAAUGGGUCAUUUUAACGUAACGUUACUGCAGCCUCAGUGUUCACUGUGCUGCUGUAAUAGGCGGGAAAAACUUUAUUAAAAUAUGACAUAAAUAGAUCUUAGCUCAGUAUCAUUUGGUUUAGUUUUAGUAUCCAGACCGGUACUCGGUACUCAGACCGGAUCCAGAGGUUCUUCUUUAAUGAAACUGAGAUGAUUUCUGCCUUUAAAUUCAACAUGUUUGGAGAUGAUACGUUAGUUAUUCAUCUUUAGUUACAAGUUGUGACCAAACAGUUUUGUUUCUGUGUGAAAGACUUUGUUUACAUGAAUAUUUCCACCAAAGGCCUGAACGCUACCACACAACAGUACGCUCCAUUUUCUAUCCCAGAAUGCUUUGCUACACUCCCUCUGUUAUUUAUUGAUGUUUGGUUUGAAUCCCUGCCUGCAGACAGUCAUAACUAUAAUUACUGUGUAUACUCCUGCUCUCCAGAGGAUGAACCCUUCAGAUUUGAAUGACUGUGAUCUUUCCUCUAGCGCCACCAUCAGGACAAACAGUUCAGCCUGUAAGAACAGAUCAGUUUGUUCAGAUUGUGGCUAUAAUACGCUGCAGCCUGUGGGGGGCGCCGGCUUUAGUUUACCAACAGGAAGAAGACGUGACGGAGAAAUGAGGGAAGCGACAAACUGAAAUCAAAUUAUUAAAGACAUCUGUGUCGGUCAUGUAUUCAAAGUGUUACUGUAUUAUAUCUCCACUGAUAUGUAUCUUAUACUGUCAUAUCUAUUUUACACUCAUGUAUGAAAAGUCUCAUUAAUGAAAUGAAUUAAACACUUUUUGCAAAGAAAA